ACGAAAACGGAAGUAAGUACGUGGCCGCUUCAGCUGACAUUCUGCAUGAUGGCGACAGAGGUUCAGAGCGGCGACCUCAACAAUGGCAGUUCUAGCCGGCUCGAGGUCUCAAUCGACGGCCUCACCCUUAGUCCCGACCCCGAGGGUGAGCAAGAACAGGUCACGGAACCUGACCCAGAGUUGGCAGAGCAGAGGACCGAGGAGCAGACAGCCACCGAAGGCGAGGAUGGAGAGGAGGGCGAGACUGCCAAAUCCACGAUAGAGAGGAAAUGGGGCUUUCCUUUGCUGGAGCUUUACGGACUAGCGCUGAAAUUCUUCAAAGACAAAGAUGGCAAGGCCUUCCACCCCACCUACGAGGAGAAGCUACGCUUGGUGGCGCUGCACAAGCAGGUGUUGCUGGGGCCCUACAACCCUGAAGCCUCCCCUGAAGUUGGCUUCUUUGAUGUUCUGGGCAACGACCGCAGGAAAGAGUGGGCCACCUUAGGGAACAUGGAGAAGGAGGAGGCCAUGGUGGAGUUUGUCAAGCUGUUAAAUAAGUGCUGCAACCUGUUUGCCCCCUACGUCACGUCCCACCAGAUCGAGAAGGAGGAGCAGGAGAGGAAACGGAGGGAGGAGGAGGAGCGUCAGCGCAGGGAGGAGGAGGAGAGGGAGCGCCGGCGGCAGGAGGAGGAGACGCAGAGGCGGGAGGAGGAGGAGAAACUGAAAAGGGCGGAGGAGGAGCGGAGGCAGGCAGAGGAGGAGAGGCUACGGGUGGAGCAACAGAAACAGCAGAUCAUGGCGGCGCUGAACGCCCAGACGGCGGUGCAGUUCCAGCAGUACGCUGCCCAGCAGUACCCCGACAGCUCCGAGCAGCAGCUGGGCCUCAUCAGACAGCUGCAGGAGCAACACUACCAGCAGUACAUGCAGCAGCUCUACCAGGUCCAACUAGCCCAGCAGCAGGCGGCGUUCCAGAAGCAGCAGGAAGAUGCGGUGGCCCAGGCCACCCUGGAGGCCGGUGGGGAGCCGCCUGCUGCUGCUGCUGUUGCUGCUGCUGUGGCGGCCCCCGCUGUGGCAGCGCCCCCUGCUGGAGAGGAGGCCCCCACGCUCAACGGCCAGUCAGACUCGCACUCGGAGAGCAUGGAGAUGGAGCCCGAGCCUGAGCCCGCUGACGAGGUCACGGAGAAUGGGCCGAUCAGUACAGCGGGCCCCGACUCCCCGCCCGUCAUCGCGGCGCCCUCCAUGUGGACGCGCCCGCAGAUCAAGGACUUCAAGGAGAAGAUCCGCCAGGACGUGGACAGCGUGAUCACGGUGGGCCGGGGCGAGGUGGUGACGGUGCGCGUGCCCACGCACGAGGAGGGCUCCUACCUCUUCUGGGAGUUCGCCACCGACCACUACGACAUCGGCUUCGGCGUCUUCUUCGAGUGGACGGACGCGGCCAGCGCCUCGGUCAGCGUGCACGUCAGCGAGUCCAGCGACGAGGACGAGGACGAGGACGGCGACCCCCCCAGCGAGGAGGAGAAGGCCAAGAAGGAGGCGGGCAAGCCCCAGGUGGACGAGAUCGUGCCGGUGUACCGGCGGGAUUGCCACGAGGAAGUGUACGCCGGCAGCCACCAGUACCCGGGCCGCGGAGUCUACCUGCUCAAGUUCGACAACUCCUACUCUCUGUGGCGCUCGAAGAGCGUCUACUACAGAGUCUACUACACCAGAUAAACCUGGGGACAGACUGAGAGAUGUGGCGCGUGCGUGUGUGGGAGAGGGGGUGGUCUGUGUGAGUAAACGGUGUGUGUGUGUUUGAAAGUGGGAGGCAGAGAGGGGAGAGGAGGAGGGAGGAUGCCACAGGAAGUGUUCUGGACAACACCGCCGGAGGGGGACGGAGAGACGCACCCGGAGCCUUAGUUAGAAGACGGGACUGUGGGUUUGUGGUUUUGUGUGCGUGCGUGUUUCUUUGUGUGUGUGUGUGUGAAUACAUGUGGGAGUCCAGGGGGAGAGUUAUUCCUUCAGUGUAUUCGCUCGCUCCUUUUCUCAGAGUCUAGGACUAUUCUAAGACUCGGGUCUUUCUUGUGUUUCACCCCCUCUCCCCCCACUGUCCUGCAACCCCCCCCCCCCCCCCCCCUUCUGUCUGAGUGAAGCUGAUUAGCGUGAAUACGAAUGUGGCCAGCACAUUGAAGGGGUUAAUGUGAGCCAAAGUCCAGCCAGAGAUAAGCAGGCAUACUACAGCACCUAUGCCUUUGGUCUAGAGAACAGCCCCUCUUAGGCCCCCAGGAGGUCACACACUUCGAAAUGGGAUCAGAAAUCGGAUCGAGUCUCUGCACCCAGUCACAUCGCCAGUGGCAACACAACAGUGGAAUAGAGUUCGGCCCAGUCCCAAACUUGCCGCUAGCCUCUAUAUGUAGUACAUUUGAGAUCUGAGACCAGGAUUGGACAGUUGUUAGCAGUUCAAAUGUCACCUCAGUUACAAUACGUUAAAGCUGUUCCUGCUAGAAAAUCCUCUCUGAUAUGCAGUGUGCUAGAGUCGUUCAGGGCCAGUCGUUCAGCGGUUGGGUUGGGUUCUGGUUGGGCUUAGUGUUUGGGACUGGCGGUGGGAAGGGUGGGGAGUUGUCUGACUCGUACGGCGAAGGCCUUCUAAAAGUCGGGCAUCUCUAAAGAACGCAGAACGCGCGAGGUUGUUCAAAAGCAUUUAAUAAAUAUUUAUUAUCAUCCCUCUCGUGUAGAAUAGGUAUCAUUUUUUUGUUGUUGUGUCCGCACGUUGCUCUAUCGGUGUACUUCAUCUCCAGACAGGAACCCCUGUGUUGUAAGAGUCCACAAGGAUGUUUUCCAAUACUUGUAAAUGUUACCUUUUCCAUGUUACCUUUCCUUUGUGUCUACUGCUAAUCAACCUCACACCUUUUAAACGACCAUGGAGGAGACGAGGUAAGGAGUCCGGUCGUGGUAUUGGAACACAUCCGCUGUGUGGUCUUAGGACCGUGGGCUCUCCACAACCACUCUGAAGGUUGUGGAGUGGUCAACCUGAUUUCGGACCCCUAACUGACAGCUAACAAGAUGAUGUCAUGCCUUUUCCAUUGGUCGUGUCACUGUUACAUUAUCUGUCAGUACUCCCACAGUGAAACAACUAGUAUUUGCUGGAAUCCUGGAUCUAUCUCUUCAUUUUCAGUGGAUGGAUUCAGAUGGUCAUCUCAAAUAUAACAUGACUAAGUUGUAUCACUAACCCAGAGAUGAUCUAGGUCUCGUGUCAUUGGUCAAGCUAUCAGUUAUUAACCAUGUUUUGGACCUCUUUUAAAAGAUGUUUUUGAAGUUGUUACUCUCUAGUUGUUUGUUUCUUUGCCAUGCGUUGUGUUGUCCAGAUUGCUCACAACCACGUCAUCUGCAUGCUUUGUGUAUCAGUCAGAGUGACCCACCAGGGGGUGUUGGAGUCACUGUGACAUGUGCUUCACCUCCUGAGAGACUAAUGGUUGGAGAAGAAGUUGUUUUUGGAAUUGGAACCCUGUUCAGAAAGACGUUCCAAUUCCCUAUCCCUGAUUGGGUUUCAGAAUGCGAGACUUCCCACUAACUCAUUUACCAUGAUUUGAAGGUGUUCAUAAUUGGCGUAUGGUGAAAUCAGGCAGGAGCCAAUACUCAGUUAGACCCCGGGCUGAUUCCAGUCCAUGCACUAGCGCCCUCUGCUGGACUUGUCUGACGGUGGAAUCUUUUGUGUCAGGAUAGGAAUUCGGUUUAGGUUUUGUAAAUGUCCCAGAAUGCCACUUUCCAUGGUGAAAUCAAGGCUCGGAGACAAGUAUCCAGAACCGAGCUCCCUCAAUGUGUAUUGUUUAUUUACUUCUGAGUCACCAAAUGGUAAAGGAUUGAUUGAGAUUGUUUAAGCCUUGUUUGUAAAUAAUUAUAUAAAUGGGUUUAUGUGUGGGUAGUAAACUUUGAAGAUGACCAUAGGUUGAGCAUUGAUGCACUGUAAACUAUAAUGAAUGAGAAUAUAAUGUACAUUUUACCCCAAAGCGGAACGUUUGAAAUGAAGAAUGCUCAAACCGAUUGACUAUGACAUGACAGAGAAGCUCAUCUUUUUGUAUUGCUUUAACUCAUUUUGAUCUAUAUGGGUUUGAGGAUUUCUUGGGCAUAUAUUUAAUCUUGAUUAAACCUAUGUUCAACUAUC